CACAAAGGGGUGGGGAGAAAAUUCCAAGGCUCCACCCCCCAGGGCCCUCGUGGUUCAGUACUCCUGGGAGCACCACAUCUGGGAUCACCCCUUCCAAAAUCCCCUGGGGUAGGGGGUUGCCGAGUUCUGCAGCUGAGGAAGAGGGACCAAGUGUGGUGGGUGCCCUUCCCACCUCCAGCCCCGGGCCCAGUUUCCCGUGGGCAUCCCGGGCUUGGUACAUCUGGGGUCUGCCCAGAGUCUGGGUUUCUGUCUGUGGGAUGAGCAAGCGGAAGGAGGUACACGACUGGUGAGAAGGGGGUAUCUCUGAAUCCAGCCCCUUUUCUCUAUUGUCUAUUGUUAAUGGGACCACCUCCAGUGGAUCCCAAGGUCUAUUCCUGGUUCCAUGCUCCAGCAUCCUCCUGGAGGUAAUCGGGACCCAACGUGAUGCUGGGGAUUCGAACCCGGAUCAGCUGCAUGCAAAGCCAGCACCAUAACCUGCACAUCUCUGUAUUUUUAUCUCGGCGAGUAUCUCCCUGGUUUCUGCCUCGCCUAUGUCUCUUUCGCUGUGGGUGUCUCUGUCUCUUUCUGUCCCCUCUGGGGCUUCCCCUCUGUCAGCGGAAGUGAGGACCCAUGAGCUGGGAUGCUGGGAAAGCCCAGACGACUCACUUCCUCAUCCGAACAAACCCUGAGAGUGUUCUUCACCUGCUCUCAGCCCCCCUGAGUCAGAGCCGCUGGAGAACGGGACGUGGGGGUCUUCAUCAUGGUCCAGGGGCUCCUCCUGACACUUGUCCUCUGGGCCAGCUGCUUGCCCUGCCAUGGGAAAGAAGAAGGGUCUCCGGCAGCACCCGCCCAGCCCAGGGUUCGGUGCCGGGCAUCUAGGUACCCGGUCGCUGUGGACUGCAUGUGGACCGUACCCCUGGCUGCAAGUGGCACCGGACCCACGUCCUUCAUCUCCACAUACAGGCUCGGAGCUGCAGCCCAGGGGGAGAACUGGCCCUGCCAUCAGUCCACGCCCGAGUCCACCCACUGCAAUAUCUCUGACAUCCUUAUCUUCUCCCUGGUCCCCUACGUGCUUAACGUCACCGCCAUGUACCCUGGACAGACCAGCAGCAGCACUUUCCUGCACUUUGUUCCUGAGCACAUCAUCAAACCAGACCCUCCUGAAAGAGUGCGGCUGAGGCCCCUUCCUGGGCAUCGACUGGGGGUACAGUGGGAAGCCCCCCACACCUGGCCCCACCCAGAAAUCUUCCCACUGAAGUACUGGAUUCGAUACAAGCGUCAUGGAGCUGCUCACUUCCGAAAGGUGGGGCCCACGGAAGCCACAUCCUUCACGAUCCGGGCCACAAAGCCCCACUCCAGGUAUUGCAUCCAGGUGUCAGCACAGGACCUCACCGACUCUGGACAUCCCAGUGACUGGAGUGUCCCUGCUGUUGUGACUGGGACCCUGGAUGGGCAGCACAGACCCAGUACCCACCUGAAAGGGUUGUGCCUCUGAAAUCCAGGUCCCUACUCUUCGGUGGAAAUGACCCAGUGGGGUUAGGGGUGCUUGGGGCUUUGCCUCUGUGAGUCUCAGUUUGUAAAAUUGAGGGUUGGGGUUUUGUCCCUAGAUGAAGGGACAUUUGAAUAUGAGAUUGGGGGUUUGGGAGAAUGAGAAAGGAUGUCUAUUAGUUGGGGCUGUUGUUUGGGGGUCAUGCCCUGCUGUGAUCAGGGAUCAAGCCUGACUCUGUGGUCUUGGAGCUGGAGCAAUAGUCGGUAGG